AUGGGCAGCCAACAUCGUGGGCUACCAGGAACCACAUCAGCUGGGUACCAACCGCCCCCUACCAGGCAGCUUGCCUCAAUUUCCGCGGCCCUGGGGGAUGGCCCUGCUGCAAGCAGGGCUCUCGCCGGUGGUUGCCAGGGGACCCCAGCCCUGGGUGUGCAACAGGACCAGCUGUGGAGGGAGCUUGUGGAAGCCGAAGCACGAGGCCAGCGGCGUUGGGCUGAGAAUUGGGGUUUCCUGAAAGACUAUGACCCUCUGGGAAAUAAGAAGGAGCCUCAGGAGCUGCCUGCCAGUGUGCCCUUCUUCUCAGAUACCUUCCCCUGCUCUACCAACCGGGAGGUGGGCAGCAGGGUGGACACGCCCCUGGGGAAAGCCCUCGGCCACAUGGACUUCUUCUUUGUGGAAGGCACUCGGAAGAGGAAGCCAGAUGAUGAGCUGCAGCCAGUGUAG